CAAUUUGCAUGACUUGAACCUGAAGAGCUGGAAGAUGUUCCUGUCUCCCAGGACAGCUGUGUAGCCUCUAUUUCGGGCACUCUUUUGGACCCUUUCAGAAGAAGGUGAGCUGACAACGCAGACUAAAACAGUGAGGAUCAAGGCAUGAAAGUUCAAGGACAGUGAAGGAGAACAAACGUUCAGUGGAGAAGCAGAGCUGCUAUAGUGCCUACACCUGCGUGUUCUCCUCCACGUCUGUGUACUGUUAGCAGGGUCCGGGAGAUGUGUGGUGUCUCGCGCCAAGAAAAGAGUCAGCCUUUUUUCUGAGAGAGAGAACAACCUGCGUUGCAUUUUGAGAAGGCUCUCAGGCACUAUAAUGCAAAGACAGAUUGCCGCAUGGUGUGUACUGAGACGAGUAUUUCAUACUCAGUCCUACUGCGGAGAAACAGCCAUUUCCUAACAAUUUGUGCAAGUCUCGACUUACCUGAGACAGGAUGAGCUGAUUAUUCCGACUGAGCUUCUUCAAAUGCCUUCCUGCAUUGGUCAGACGCUGCAUGCUUCAGUCAGUCGUGAUUUAGCCAAUUCUUGACCUCCAACUUGUAAUCCAUCAAUAAGUAAUGUCCAGCUGCGCUCUUCGGAAUACUAGAAGGAACACAUUGGAGCCCAUUCCUUGUAGCUGGUGCAUCGACGCCUUACCAGCUUCAGCACUGCGACGCGAUGAGCCCAGUGACGAGUGGGCUGCUCCAUGGAUAACGUGGUGUGUUCCCCUGCCUGUAUGUAGGAGAAGGUCCAGCUAGCAAGCCAGAAUCGAGGAAUUCAAAGAAACAGAGAAGAAGAUACUGUACGUUGAGUUGGAGGCUUUUUUGGAGACUGCAUCCAUCUGGAAUUGAAAGAAAACAGCGGUGCCAUUUUUCUGAGUUUGUCAAAACACAGCUCUAGCUGUUGCAAGCAAAUGAGAGUUGAAGGUCAGAGUGUCAAUUCUUCUGGAGUUACGACGCGUUUUUAAUCAUCUUACGGCAUCUAGACUCACAACAGGCGAAACGUAGCGGAGGAGGAGCAAGAAAGAGAACCUUUGCAAGAGAUCUGUCACAGUCAGUCAUCCAAAGACAGGUUUUCCUCUUCACCCAGCAUGAACUGAAGACUACAGAAGCCAGAAAACGGGGGUCAGGUGUGUGGAAGAUGGGGACGUAAUUCAGAAGAUACGUUUGGAGCAGCUGUCCUUCUGGUUGACAGAAGGACUAGACAAAAAGGACUUCAUGAACGGACUCUUGAGUGGGUUGAGACUUGGCUGGACUGCUCUUCUCAGUGGGUAGUGAUCCAUGGUGCAGCCUCCAGCUGGCAUGGCACUCUGUCAUCCUGAAGUGAGGCUGUAGGAGAGCUAAAGAAAUGGGCACGGACCAGUUCCCAGAGGAGACCGAACGGGUGCACAGGAUCAGUGGUGAUCAACCUAUGAGCUCAACAGCUAUGGCUGAGAAGUACAAUUAAGGUUUCUGCAUGCUUUGGUGCGCCCUGACCAGGAAGCGUAGCGCUGCACCUUUGGAACGUUGCCAACCAGAGCAGCUCACCGCACCACGUUGGCCUAAAUUCUUUCAAAAUCAGGUUGGAAAUACAUCUGUGCUGUUGACCCCGACCAGAUGAUGUUCUUGAGUACUCCAGUGACGUCUAGAUCUGCCUUGAGUGAAGUCUGACCGAAAAAAUGUUACAGCAGUUUCGUCUCUGGAAACGGUUCGCUGUAGGGAUCGCAGUCGCCGCUGUCUUAGCGGGUUGUUUGGCCCAGAAUGACGAAGACUGGCAAUAUGAGGAUUGCAAGUUGGCCAGGACAGGUCCUCCAGCCACAAUAGUCCCUAUUGAUGAAGAAAGUCGAAACGGCACGAUCCUGGUUGACAAUAUGCUGAUCAAAGGGACAGCGGGAGGCCCUGACCCCACGAUCGAACUCUCCUUAAAGGACAACGCAGAUUACUGGGUGAUCCUCGAUCCCAUCAGCCAGAGGUUAUACCUAAACAGCACGGGCCGAAUUCUGGACAGAGAUCCGCCAAUGUCCAUCCAGUCCAUUGUGGUGCAAGUCCAGUGUGUUAACAAAAAAGUUGGCACCGUUAUCAACCACGAAGUGCGGAUCGUGGUGAGAGACAGGAACGAUAACUCGCCUCGGUUCCAGCAGCGGCAGUACUAUGUGGCGGUAAACGAGUUAACUCCAGUGGGAACAACCAUCUUCACGGGAUUUUCUGGAAACAGCGGUGCUACGGACAUCGAUGACGGGCCGAAUGGGCAGAUCGAAUAUGUCAUCCAGUACAACCCCAACGACAAGACUUCCAACAGGACCUUUGACAUUCCUCUCACUUUGUCCGGAGCAGUGGUUUUACGGGAAAGACUAAAUUACGAAGAAAAGACACGAUACUUUGUGGUCGUUCAAGCAAAUGACCGAGCCCAGAACCUUAACGAGCGACGAACAAGUACGACCACCCUCACGGUGGAUGUGCUCGACGGGGAUGAUUUGGGACCAAUGUUUCUUCCUUGUGUCUUGGUGAACAACACGCGGGACUGCAGACCACUCACCUACCAAGCGAGUUUGCCGGAACUGACUGAUCCUGCACGUGUCAAUCCUGUCAAUGUCACUCCGCCGAUACAAGCUGUAGAUCAGGACCGAAACAUCCAGCCUCCUUCAGAUCGACCGGGCAUCCUCUAUUCCAUCCUAGUUGGUACUCCUGAAGACUAUCCGCGGUACUUCCACAUGAACCUUACAACGGCUGUACUCACGCUCCUAAAGCCCAUCAACAGGGAUUUGCACCAGAAGUUUGACUUAGUUAUUAAGGCUGAGCAGGACAAUGGCCAUCCUCUUCCUGCCUUUGCCAGUUUACACAUUGAAGUCCUCGAUGAGAAUAAUCAGAAGCCUUACUUCGCAAGAUCAACGUAUGAGGGCUUUAUCCUCGAAUCCUCCCCGGUGGGUACCACCAUCUCCGAGAACCACAACUUGACCUCUCCACUACAAAUUGUAGUGUUGGACAACGACGUAGAGGAGACAAAGGAUCCUCAGCUCCAUCUCUUCCUCAACGAUUACACUGCGUUUUUCACUGUGACUCAGACUGGCAUAACCCGCUACCUCACCUUGCUGCAGCCUGUGGACAGGGAAGCCCAGCAGCUGUACACGUUUUCGAUGACCGCUUCGGAUGGUGUGCAGGAGAGUGCCCCGGUGACGGUCAAUAUCCUGGUGAUUGAUGCAAACGAUAAUUCCCCAACUUUCUCCAAUAUAUCAUACAAUGUCAAGAUUUAUACAGACAUGGGGCCCGGAGAAGGCGUUGUAAAGCUCACCGCUGUAGAUGCGGACGAGGGACCCAACGGACAGAUAGUAUAUGAAAUUCUGGCUGGGGAUCAGGGAGACUUCAUCAUCGAUGACCGAACAGGCCUUAUCACCAUUGCUCCAGGAGUUGUAUUGUCAGUGGGGCGCUCCUACGCUCUCACUGUCAAAGCAUCUGAUAAUGCUCCUCCUGCACAGAGAAGGAGCUCGAUUACUACUGUUUACAUUGAGGUCCUUCCGCCAAACAACCAGAGCCCUCCCCGCUUUCCCCAGCUGAUGUACAGCCUUGAAGUCAGCGAGGCCAUGAGAAUCGGAGCCGUUUUGUUAAACCUGCAGGCUAUUGAUAGAGAGGGAGACCCGAUAAGAUACCUCAUUCAGAACGGAGAUCCUCAGCAAGUUUUUAAUCUCUCUCAAAGUUCUGGCCUGCUGGCCUUAGGGAAGCCCUUGGACAGAGAAAGCACUGACCGCUAUAUUCUGAUCGUUACAGCCUCAGAUGGCAGACCAGAUGGGACCUCGACAGCUACUGUUAAUAUAGUGGUGACUGAUGUAAAUGACAAUGGACCAGUUUUUGAUAUGUUUCUACCUAAAAACCUGUCUGUACAGGAAGAGGAAGCCAAUGCUUUUGUCGGUCAAGUAAGGGCUACGGACCCAGACGCUGGAGUGAACGGUCAAGUUCGUUACAGUUUGGCAAACUUCAACAGUCUUUUCCGGAUCACGUCAAACGGUAGCAUUUAUACAGCGGUUAAACUGAACAGGGAAAGUAGGGACUAUUAUGAACUUACUGUGGAAGCGACGGAUGGAGCUGUGGACCCCCGCCGCUCAACGCUAACUCUAGCGAUCAAGGUGCUGGACAUCGAUGACAACAGCCCUGUUUUUACUAAUUCUUCCUACACUGUCUGCGUGCCCGAAAACCUACCCCCUGGCACCGUCUUCCUGCAAAUAGAGGCUAAAGACGUUGAUCUUGGUUCUAACGUCACCUAUCGGAUACGAACCCAGGAAGCACUGCAGUAUUUUGCACUGAACAAAUACACGGGAGAGUUAUCGCUUUUGAAGUCCUUGGAUUAUGAAUCGUUCUCUGACACAGAAGCAACCUUCACCUUCCUAGUCGAAGCCUUCGACAGCAAGGGCACUAUGCCUCCAGGGCUCGCUACUGUCACAGUGAGAGUGAAGGAUAUGAACGAUUACUCUCCAGCUUUUAGCAAAAAGCUCUACAGGGGAAUGGUCGCUCCUGAUGCGGUCAAGGGUACCGUUAUCGCCACCGUUUCCGCUGAGGAUCAAGAUCCACCGGGUACGCCGGCGAGUCGAGUCCGAUACAAAGUGGACGUCGUGCAGUUUCCGUACAGCGCCAGCAUUUUUGAUGUAGAGGAGAACUCGGGACGCGUGGUAACCCGGGUAAACCUAAACGAAGAGCCAAGUACGGUCUUUAAGUUAGUCGUCGUUGCGUAUGAUGAUGGGGAUCCCGUGAAGUUCAACACCACUACCGUAGAAAUUGCCGUACUGCAGCCUUCGGUGAUUCCCCGGUUUACCCAGGACGAAUACAGACCCCCGCCGGUGAGCGAGAGCGCUCCAAGAGGAACUGCGGUCGCUGUAGUCAUCGCAGCUGCCCUGAACCAGACAAUUGUGUAUUCAAUAGUUUCAGGAAACGAAGAGGAUGUGUUUGCUAUUAACAACAGAACGGGAGUGAUCUCUGUUAAAAAGCCUCUGGACUACGAAAGCGUGAGCAGUUACGAGCUUCGAGUUCAAGCAGACUCGUUGCAAGUGGUGCGAUCCAAUCUGCGUGUCCCUUCCAAAAGUAAUACAGCCAAGGUGUUCAUUGAAGUGCAGGAUGAAAACGACCAUGCUCCUGUCUUUACCAAAAAAAUGUACAUUGGAGGAGUGUCCGAAGAUGCAAAAAUGUUUUCUUCUGUGCUUAAAGUUAAGGCUGAUGAUAAAGACACAGGGAAUUACAGUGCCAUGCACUACAGGCUCAUCAUUCCUCCAAUCAAGGAUGGUAAAGAAGGUUUUGUGAUUGAAGCUUAUACAGGGCUCAUAAAAACUGCUAUGCUGUUCAAAAAUAUGAGAAGAUCCUAUUUCAAGUUUCAGGUCAUUGCAACUGACAAUUAUGGGAAAGGACUGAGCAGCAAAUCAGACGUACUUGUCUCCGUGGUCAAUCAGUUGGAUAUGCAAGUCAUCGUCUCUAAUGUUCCUCCCACCCUUGUGGAACAAAACAAAGAUCAACUUAUAGGGAUUUUGGAACGCUACGUUCAAGACCAGAUUCCUGGUGCAACGGUAGUGGUGGAAUCGAUCGGCGCGCGGCGGUUCGGGGAUGGAUACUCUGAGGAGGAUUAUACCAAGUCUGACCUGAUGGUCUAUGCCAUCGACCCUCAAACAAAUCGAGCUAUAAUGAGGAAUGAACUUUUUAAGUUCCUGGAUGGCAAGCUGCUGGAUAUCAACAAAGAGUUUCAGCCGUAUCUGGGCCAAGGGGGACGCAUCCUGGAGAUCCGCACCCCGGACGUGGUAGCGAAUGUCAAGAAGCAGGCACAAGCCGUAGGCUACACGGAAGGUGCAUUACUUGCUCUGGCUGUCAUAAUCAUCCUUUGCUGUAUGCCAGCUAUUUUAAUAGUUAUGGUCAGCUACAGACAAUUCAAAGAGCGGCAGGCUGAAUGCGCCAAGACGGCGCGGAUCCAGAUGGCCUUGCCAGCAGGCAAGCCGGCGAGUGCUGCUGCCAACAACCUCUACGAAGAGCUUGGCGACAGCACCAUAAGCCAGAAUGCGAUGUAUCAGAUGCCUACUGAGAUGCCAGGAAUUGGGAUAACCGUUAACUUGAGGCGCGGAUACGCACAGCAAGAGCAACAGCAGUUGCUGAGACCGUCUCUUCUCAGACCAGAGGAGUUAAGUAUGGAGUCUGGAAUUGACCCAGGGCAGGAAUACUAUGGGCAAGAUUACUACAGUUAUGAGCAUGGAUACGAGCUGCCUCAGUACGGGAGUCGCCGCCGAUUGCUGUCUCCUUCGGGAAUGUACGACGAGUACGGGGAAGUGGUGGUGGAGAACGAUGGCGGCUAUUACUACAGUCCCCACGGAUCGACAGCGGAAGAAUGGGCCAGGAAGAAAAGGAUCAAGUUGAUAGUCGACCCCGAAUACGAGACCAGCUCCACUGGAGAAGACAGCGCUCCGGACUCCACUCAAAGGAAUCGUCUUAAUAACCCCAAUAUCCAAAGCAACGUCAACGGUAACAUCUACAUUGCUCAGAACGGCUCUGUUGUCAGAACCCGCCGCGUUUGCCUUGCGAAUAAUUUAAAAGUGACAUCUCCAGUGAGACUGGGGAAACACUUCAAGAAACUGGACAAGCUUGCGGUGACACACGAGGAGAACGUCCCGCUGAACACACUGUCAAUGGGACCAUCUUCUAGUGAUAAAAUGAACACAAGACCUUGUAGCGUCUCGUUUGCUUCCUCUACUGUAGGGGCCGAAAACAUAGUAACAAAGCCAGGGGGCACCAAAAUGAAAAGCACACAAGAACAAGAGUCAGUUGUUGACAACGAGGACGUCAAAGAGCCCUUGGAGUCACACAGUGAACACACGCAGUCCGACGAAGAGGAGCUCUGGAUGGGCCCUUGGAAUAACCUUCACAUACCAAUGACAAAACUGUGAUUUUUUUCUUUUUAAUUUUUACUUCAGUUUAUUAUAAACUGCGCUUUUUAUUGUCACUGAGGAAAACGUAUGAAAUUUGUAUUGUGCACAUAUGUUGUAUACUACAGACAACAUGCUUUAAAGGUUUAAAAAAAAAAAAUUUGCACUCACAUUUGUACCGAUUAAUUGUCCUCCCCAACAACUGUUUUGACAGGCUCCCAUUUCACUAAACAAUACUUCAUUUACAUUUAUUAGUUCCUUUGGAUCUUGAUUAUGGUUUAAUAAACAGUAAACUACUAAUAAAUGCACAGCAACAUUUGGUUAACUUUUCAGACAACUCUA